GUUGUCACGUGACCUCGCGGUGAAUCGUCACACCCGGAAGCAGGUUGUCAUUGCAGUGUUUAUAUGAACAGUUCUUCUCUAAAUGGACUAAAUGUUAGAUUGUUCUGUUAACUAUGAAAUCUCCCGUUUAUCCGCCGACGAAGAAAAAAGGGUUUAAAUGCCUGUGCGUACGGGAAACCACAGCUACUGCCACUAAGUCAACGUAACGCCGGGACUUAGCUGUAAGACAGACACAUACAUGUCUUUACGUUCAUGUAGUUUUUUUAGCGGGCUGCCGUUUUUUAAAAAGGCGGAUGUUUACAUGGGAGUCCUGCUUUGUUGUAAGUUUGCAUUCCCCUAAAUGAUUUAGUAAAAGGGUGUUUCGUAACAUGAGACGAGCACAUGCGAACUAGUUCACCUCUCGGACUGAGUUAACAAGCAUCAUGGCAACGAUGGCCCUUGGAGCAAGAGGAGUCCUUUUCAACCUGAGGUACACUCUGCAGAAAGCUGGUUCCUUUGCAAGGUCAAGACUCGUGCAGCAGCGCGGUGUACAUUUGCUGAAAAGCGAGCAGAUUUUCUGCCACAUCCCCAAGGUUACACUGCUGUGUUGGGGUGCAGUUAGUGUAUCAACAUCUGCAGCCAGAUGCCAGGAAGUGAUUCUUCCAUCCCAGACUCGUGCUAGAAAGUCACUGGCAAAAGUCCAAGUACACAAGUUAAUAUUUUUCUUCCGCCUCAGCCUCAGAGCCUUGGUCCUGCUCCUCAAAUUUAGCCCCCUUCUUCUCCUGGCUCCCUUUGCUUUUGUCUCAUCCCGCUGUGCAUCUUUCUGGCUGGAUGCUCUGCUGUGGGUGACUGAAAGCUCGGGUCCCACUUUCAUCAAGCUGGGCCAGUGGGCCAGCACCAGGCGAGACAUCUUCCCGGGGGAGUUCUGCGAGCGCUUCUCGAGGCUUCACGUCAAGGUGCGCCCUCACUCCUGGUCCCACACCAAGGAGUGCCUCCGCAGGGCCUUCGGAGAGGGCUGGAGGAGGGUGUUGGUGUUCGAGGGGAAGGAGCCCGUGGGUUCAGGAUGUGUGGCCCAGGUGUACCGAGGCUGGGCCAAGGUGGAUCAGGUGGAAGACCUGGCGUUCCAGUCUCUCGUGGAAGACCUGGAGAGAGAAGACUUGCUGGAAGCCUGGGAGAUCCCCGGCCUGAAGGGGGUGGCCAGCACUCUGCGGCAUCUGUGGAGGGGCAGCAUGGAUGAGGAGGGCGUCGGGGAGAAGAUUCCUCCUGAUGGGCUGCACGGGGACAGCCACACUGAAAAGGAGCGCAUGAUACCUGUGGCGAUCAAGGUCGUCCAUCCAGGCGUGAGGAGGCAGGUGGAGAUCGACCUAUUGCUUAUGAAAACAGGCAGCUGGCUGUUGCACUGCCUGCCUGGACUUAAAUGGCUCAGUAUGUGUGAAGUGGUGGACGAGUUCGAGAAGCUCAUGACCAAACAGAUCGAUCUCCGUUUUGAGGCCAAGAACAUCGAGCGCUUCCGAGAGAAUUUCCGCGAUGUUACCAACGUCAAGUUCCCAACUCCGUUACGGCCAUUUAUCACCAGGAAUGUCCUGGUGGAAACAUUCGAGGAGAGCGAGCCCAUUUCUAACUACCUGAGCCCGGAGAUUCCUGUCGAGGUGAAGCAAAGAAUAGCCAGAAUGGGAGUGGAUACCCUCCUGAAAAUGGUUUUCGUGGAUAACUUUGUCCACGGUGAUCUCCACCCUGGCAACAUCCUCGUCCAGUGUCGGGAGCCUCUCGGCGAUUCCCCUCACGGCGCGAGCCCCCCAGCUGAGCACCGGGGGAAAACCACCCUCACUGACCUGUGGGACACGGUGGUGGUCAGCGUCAGACCGGAGCCAUGUCCGAUCCAGCUGGUGCUGCUGGACGCGGGGAUCGUGGCCCAGCUCAGUGACCACGACCUCGCCAACUUCAAGGCCGUCUUCACAGCCGUGGUGCUGCGUCAGGGUGAACGAGUGGCAGAGCUGAUCCUGAAUCACGCCCGCGCCAACGAGUGCCAGGACGUGCCCCGGUUUAAGAGGGAGAUGGCCGAGCUGGUGGACCAUGCCGUCAGCAACACCCUGGCUCUGGGGAAGAUUCAAGUUGCUGACUUGCUCUCCAGAGUCUUUGGCCUACUCAUUAAACACAAGGUCAAGCUGGAGAGUAACUUUGCUUCCAUUGUGUUUGCCAUCAUGGUGCUGGAGGGUCUGGGCAGGUCACUCGAUCCCACCUUGGACAUUCUGGAUUUGGCUAAACCGCUGCUGCUUAAGAACUGUGCCUCAGUGCUCUGACACACACACACACACAAGCACAACAGAACACACACAGUAAGUGUAAACGGGAGCACUGAGCCUUGACUUCCGGGUGUCUUCAGAACGACAGAGAAAUAUUCCAUGCUCGUAACGGUUUCCUCCACAUUUCAUCAUCGAUGACGCCAUAAAUACCUCAUAUUGUUUGGUUUUAUUAUAUCAGUCACUUUGACCUUUUAAUGUUCUUUUACUGUGACUGAAUAUGAACACUUUAUUCCCUUUAGUCAUCUACAAGGAGUCCAUUCACCUCAGCCUACUGAAUCAGAGUGGAUGUUUUAUAGGAAGAACCUUUUAGUUGGAGACACAUCAGAGAACGUUUGUAGCAUUUUAAGAUUUGAGUAAAAGAUCCCUAGGAUACCUUCUUGAUACUUAAAAGUAUUUUUUAAUGACUGACAUAUCGGAAUGUCUUAUCUCUCCAUAUGUGGAUCUUAGGUAAUGUCUAAUGGACCCUGUUUGUUUUAGUGUGAAAUGCAAGGGAUGGAUUUUUUUCUCUCUCAUGCACUACAGGACAGUUUGAUGGAUAUCCGUAUGUCCAGCUGACCAUUGUAUUUUAGUUUUCUGUUUAAAAAAGUGGGAACACUUAACCGCUAACAUCAAUAAAAGGGGA